AUGAAGGCGCGGGCGUGGGCUCACCUGCCGGCGGGCCGCCCCGCUAAGUCUCUUCCGUCCCGGCGGGGCCGGCACAGCGGCAGCGGAGAGCACCCUCCUCACACACGUGUGACGUCCUGCUUCCUCUCCAGUGACGGUGUCACUCGCGCCAGCCCCUGGUGCCCAGAGAGCUGGCCCCUCCCUGGCGUGGAGAGGAAGCGGCCCCAGACUGGCCGCAGGCAGACCCCUGUGAGCUGGCGCCGCUGCAGGAGUCAGCCGCCCGGCCCCCGGCCCCCGGCCCCCGGCCCAGACCCGAGCAGCCCCUCGCGUCCUUGGCCGCAGGCCUGCGCCCGAAGGUGCCAGCGCUGCACGGUCGGCAGCACCACCUCGGAGCGCACAGUCAGCCUGCAGCUCCGGGCUCUCGGGGCAGCUCUGCCGAGCCCCACGGAGCCUCGGGGUUCCUCACAGGGAAGGGCAGCCCGCCCUGCCCCCACGGCCUCCUUCUCCGGGGCCCCGGAGACAGAGCCUUCCGUCCCCGCUCAUCGCAUCCCCAACCCCCCUCUCAGCUCCAUCAGCUCGGCCGGCACUGCCCACUGCAGGCCGGAGCUCCCACCGCCACUGCUGGCUGCCCGGGGCUCGGGGGCUGGGGGCCCAGCUGAGUGUGAGCGUCGACCUUCCCGCGGCGCCUCGCACUGCCGGGCACACUUCAACGCGGACCGAUGUGGAGCGCGCUCCGUCCCCGCCAGCACGCCGGCUCUGAGCGCAGGCCAGACCCGGCCUUCUGCGCGCACGGGCGCGCCCCGGAGACCCCGCGGGCGGCCGCGAGCGGCGACCUAUCCGCAGGUGCGAGGCCUCGCCUGCGGUGUGUGA